AUGAGCACCGGUCGUGUCCAUGACAGCCUGGAGUCGGCGCAUGCCGAGCUGACUCGUAAGUCGCCGAACCUGGCGGCGGUCGUCGAGCACCAGCGCAUCGCGCUGGAUGCCCUGCGGGAAGCGCCGGCCUCAAGUUCGCGGGCCGGCUCUCACGCCGAUCCCCUGGCCCCCGUGGCCGAGACCAUUUACUCGGCGGUGCUGCAGCCGGGCGCCGCGGCCGACGGCCAGCCGAUCCUCGACCGGAGCGCGCUGGAGAUGACGCACUUGCUGCUGGCGCGAGAGGCCAUCCAGGCGACGGGCGCCGACCUGGCGGCUCCCGGCGCCGCGGCCGCCACCACCGCCCCCGCCGAGGCGUCGGCCGGCGUGGAGGACUUCGACUCGGCGCACCUGGCCCUGCUUGCUGGGGACUUUGGGGCCGGGCUGACGCAGUUGCGCGAGCGAGGUGUCGGUGGCCAGCCGAUUUCGACGCAUGCGCAGGUGGCCAUCCUGGCCGACUGUCUGUCCACCGCGGGGAGAGGCGUCUUCAAUCCGGUGGCCGACCCGGCUUUGGGCGCCCUGCUGGUCGAGGAUCUGGGCCGGCUUACGGCCGAGUAG